UAUUCUAUCAUUGUAUGUAAUUAUAGUGUAGUAUGUAAGUGUAUGUUAGCUGAAAACAGCUGAUGCUUUCAUUUUGACAUUAUAAAGAAAUAACUGUUUAACUAUAUAAAAAGUAACUGUCAUAUAGUGAUCUUAUAUUAAUAUGACUAACAUAUGCAUAGGUUCAACGUGAAUGUUAAUCUAUAUUGAUCUGCGGUACAUAUGUACGUGUAAUAUCUUUUAACCGUAUUAGUUAUUUGUAAACUAUGGCCAGUUCGAUUAGUACUACUGGAAAUGGAUAUAAUUUCAAAGUGGUGUUACUUGGUGAAGGAUGUGUGGGCAAAACUUCAGUAGCAUUACGAUACGUCGAAGACAAAUUUAAUGACAAACAUGUUACUACGGUACAAGCAUCUUUUUUAAAUAAGAAAUUAAAUAUAAAUGGUAAAAGAGUAAAUUUAGCAAUAUGGGAUACUGCAGGACAGGAAAAGUUUCAUGCACUAGGACCAAUUUAUUAUAGAAUGUCUAAUGGUGCCAUUUUAGUUUACGAUAUUACAGAUGAAGAUACUUUUCAAAAGGUUAAAAAUUGGGUAAAAGAACUUAAAAAAAUGUUAGGCAGUGAAAUUUCUUUAGCAAUUGCUGGCAAUAAAGUAGAUCUUGAAAAGGAACGAAAUGUUUCAAUAGAAGAAGCGGAAGAAUAUGCCCAGCAAGUCGGUGCUAUGCAUUUUCAUACAUCUGCAAAACUAAAUCAAAAUAUUGAACAGAUGUUCUUGGAUUUGACACGUAGAAUGAUACAACAUGCUGAUGAAGUAGAACAAAAGUCUUGUUUGCAAAGGACUAGCAGUACACGUCGUAAUGUUGUGGUAGUUGAAGAUGAAUCUGAACAAAGUCGACCAACGAAAAGUUUUUGUUGUGGUAGUUCUUCCCAAAACUCGUAAAUGAAUAUUUUUAUUUUUGGAAAAACUAAUUUCAAGAAUAAUUAUAAAUGACACACACACACACACACACACACACGUAAAAUGUAUAUAAAAAACAUUAGCUUUUUGCCAUAUGUCAAACGUUGCUGUAUUUAUCAUUUUAAAGAUAAUAUCUUUUUAACUAGAUAUUGAGUGCAAAGUAUAAAAUGUGCGGAUCUUGAGAGAUCUUGAAUAAGUAUCAUAAAAUGUUGUAAGUUUCGUAUAAUGUUGUAAUAUUGUGCUGUGUAUGCAAGUAUACAUUAUGCAUUUAAUGUUUUAAAAAUAUCAUGUAAUGUACAUUGUUAUAUCUACAUAAAUUUUUUAUUACAAUGUC